AUGGACGCUGCACGGAGAACUGAGAGCAUCUUCUCGGGCCUGGCGGGAGGCGGGCGGACCACCAUCGAGCCCUAUUCGCGGACGGCAUUUGCUGGACACGCAGACACCCCCGGACGCUGGGCCGCACGCCUCAGGCCACCUCCCGUCACCCCUGCCACGGAGCACACCGAGCGCCCUGGGCGCGCGUGCACGCGGCUGUCCCCAGGGCCCUGGCGCUGGGCGGGGGCGCCCGCGCGCGUCUACUACGAGGCGCGCCGGCAGGACUGGGACCAGGAUCGCGGCCCAGAGCGCUCGGGGCGCAGCGAGGGGGCUCCGGACCCGGAGGUCGCGGACGGGGCCCGGGCCGCCGCGGUCCGGGGUCGGGGCCGCCUUCGCCGGAUCGGGGAAGGGGCAGAGAGAGAGAGGGAGGCACAGAGUCCGAAGCAGGCUCUGGGCUCCGAGCCGGCAGCACAGAGCCCGACGCCGGCUCUGAGCCAGCCCGGCGCCCCGUCUGCCCCUGACUCUUAUCACCCAUCCGCGACGUGCGUGCUCACCUGUCUUGCCUUGUGCUUGUUUUCGCCUCUAGUCUGCCCUGGCAUGGAUAUCCGGAACAACCUGACGAGGCUGCACGAACUGGCCAACUGCUCGGUCAUUGAAGGUCAUUUGCAGAUACUGCUCAUGUUCAAAACGAGGCCCGAGGACUUCCGAGACCUCAGUUUCCCCAAACUCGUCAUGAUCACUGAUUACCUGCUGCUCUUCCGGGUGUACGGGCUGGAGAGCCUGAAGGACCUCUUCCCCAACCUCACGGUCAUCCGGGGCUCGCGCCUCUUCUUCAACUACGCGCUGGUCAUCUUCGAGAUGGUGCACCUGAAGGAGCUUGGCCUCUACAGCUUGAUGAACAUUACCCGGGGCUCCGUCCGCAUCGAGAAGAAUAAUGAACUGUGCUACCUGGCCACCAUCGACUGGUCGCGCAUCCUGGAUUCGGUGGAGGAUAAUUACAUUGUGUUGAACAAAGACGACAACGAGGAGUGUGGGGACAUUUGUCCAGGCACUGCAAAGGGCAAGACCAACUGCCCUGCCACUGUCAUCAACGGGCAGUUUGUGGAGCGUUGUUGGACACACGGCCAUUGCCAGAAAGUUUGUCCGACCAUCUGCAAGUCGCACGGCUGCACGGCCGACGGCCUCUGCUGCCACAGCGAGUGUUUGGGCAACUGCUCCGAGCCCGACGACCCCACCAAGUGCGUGGCCUGUCGCAACUUCUACCUGGACGGCAGGUGCGUGGAGACCUGCCCGCCCCCCUACUACCACUUCCAAGACUGGCGCUGCGUGAACUUCAGCUUCUGCUGGGACCUGCACAAUAAAUGCAAGAACUCCCGGAGACAGGGUUGCCACCAGUAUGUCAUUCACAACAACAGGUGCAUCCCUGAGUGCCCCUCGGGGUACACGAUGAAUUCCAGCAACCUGAUGUGUACUCCCUGCCUGGGCCCCUGUCCCAAGGUCUGCCACAUCCUGGAAGGCGAGAAGACCAUCGACUCGGUGACAUCUGCCCAGGAGCUCCGAGGCUGCACCGUCGUCAACGGAAGCCUAAUCAUCAACAUUCGAGGGGGCAACAACCUGGCAGCUGAGCUGGAGGCCAACCUCGGACUCAUUGAAGAAAUUUCCGGGUAUCUGAAGAUCCGGAGAUCCUAUGCUCUCGUGUCACUUUCCUUUUUCCGGAAGUUACGGCUGAUUCGGGGAGAGACCUUGGAAAUCGGGAACUACUCUUUCUAUGCCUUGGACAACCAGAACCUGAGGCAGCUAUGGGACUGGAGCAAACACAACCUCACCAUCACUCAGGGGAAACUCUUCUUCCACUAUAAUCCCAAACUCUGCUUGUCGGAAAUUCACAAGAUGGAGGAGGUUUCAGGAACCAAGGGGCGCCAGGAGCGGAACGACAUUGCCCUGAAGACCAAUGGGGACCAGGCGUCUUGUGAAAAUGAACUACUUAAAUUUUCUUACAUUCGGACAUCUUACGACAAGAUCUUGCUGAAAUGGGAGCCGUACUGGCCCCCUGACUUCCGAGACCUCCUUGGCUUCAUGCUCUUCUACAAAGAGGCCCCUUAUCAGAAUGUGACCGAGUUCGACGGGCAGGACGCGUGUGGCUCCAACAGCUGGACGGUGGUGGACAUUGACCCACCUCUGAGGUCCAAUGACCCCAAGUCGCAGAACCACCCAGGGUGGCUGAUGCGGGGUCUCAAGCCCUGGACCCAGUAUGCCAUCUUUGUCAAGACCUUGGUCACCUUUUCUGAUGAGCGCCGCACGUAUGGGGCCAAGAGUGACAUCAUCUAUGUCCAGACCGAUGCCACCAACCCUUCCGUCCCCCUGGAUCCUAUCUCGGUUUCGAAUUCCUCCUCUCAGAUCAUUCUGAAGUGGAAGCCUCCCUCGGACCCCAAUGGCAACAUCACGCACUACCUGGUGUUCUGGGAGAGGCAGGCGGAGGACAGCGAGCUGUAUGAGUUGGAUUAUUGCCUCAAAGGGUUGAAGCUGCCUUCCCGGACCUGGUCCCCGCCGUUCGAGUCCGAGGGCUCCCAGAAGCACAAUCAGAGUGAGUACGAGGAGUCCGCUGGCGAAUGCUGCUCGUGUCCCAAAACCGACUCUCAGAUCCUGAAGGAGCUGGAGGAGUCCUCUUUCAGGAAGACGUUCGAGGAUUACCUGCACAAUGUGGUUUUCGUGCCCAGGCCGUCGCGGAAGCGCAGGGCCCUCGCCGACGCUGGGAACGUGACGGCCGCCGUGCCCACGGUGCCUGGUUUCCCCAACACUUCCAGCAGUGUGCCCACGAGCCCGGAAGAGCACAAGCCCUUCGAGAAGGUGGUGAACAAAGAGUCGCUGGUCAUCUCCGGCCUGCGUCACUUCACCGGCUACCGCAUCGAGCUGCAGGCUUGCAACCAAGAUGCCCCCGAGGAGAGGUGCAGCGUGGCUGCCUACGUCAGCGCCAGGACCAUGCCCGAAGCCAAGGCAGACGACAUUGUUGGCCCUGUGACCCAUGAAAUCUUCGAGAACAACGUGGUUCACUUGAUGUGGCAAGAGCCUAAAGAACCCAAUGGAUUGAUCGUGCUGUAUGAAGUGAGUUACCGACGGUAUGGUGAUGAGGAGCUGCACCUCUGUGUCUCCCGUAGACACUUUGCUCUGGAGCGGGGCUGCAGGCUGCGAGGGCUGCCGCCAGGGAAUUACAGUGUGCGAGUUCGGGCCACCUCCCUGGCGGGCAACGGCUCCUGGACAGAAGCCACUUAUUUCUAUGUGACAGACUAUUAUGUCCCAUCGAACAUUGCAAAAAUUAUCAUCGGGCCUCUCAUCUUUGUCUUUCUCUUCAGUGUUGUGAUUGGAAGUAUUUAUCUAUUCCUGAGAAAGAGGCAGCCGGAUGGCCCACUGGGGCCGCUGUAUGCUUCUUCAAACCCUGAGUACCUCAGUGCCAGUGAUGUGUUUCCCUGCUCUGUGUAUGUGCCGGACGAGUGGGAGGUGCCUCGGGAGAAGAUCACCCUCCUGCGCGAGCUGGGGCAGGGCUCCUUCGGCAUGGUGUACGAGGGCAAUGCCAGGGACAUCGUCAAGGGCGAGGCGGAGACCCGCGUGGCGGUGAAGACGGUCAACGAGUCUGCCAGUCUGCGAGAGAGGAUCGAGUUUCUCAACGAGGCCUCAGUCAUGAAGGGCUUCACCUGUCAUCACGUGGUCCGCCUCCUGGGGGUGGUGUCCAAAGGCCAGCCGACGCUGGUGGUGAUGGAGCUGAUGGUUCACGGAGACCUGAAGAGCUACCUCCGCUCCCUGCGGCCGGAGGCUGAGAAUAACCCUGGCCGCCCUCCCCCUACUCUGCAAGAGAUGAUUCAGAUGGCGGCGGAGAUCGCCGACGGGAUGGCGUACCUGAAUGCCAAGAAGUUUGUGCACCGGGAUCUCGCAGCUCGAAAUUGCAUGGUGGCCCACGACUUCACCGUCAAAAUUGGAGGUUUGUCCGGCUUUCUGCUUUGAGACACGGGGCCCAGG